AUGGGCAGCCUUCAGCUUUUCGUGGCUGUGCUCCACGUUUACACAAUCCAGAAUGAAGUUAGAGCUUACAUCCCUGCCGCUCCGCUCAGCAAAUCAGUUUUCAACCGUGCGCAGGGCAAGUCGUCGAUGAAGCCACAAACUAGGAUGUCUCUCCUCUCCGCUCCUGCGUUGCUCGAGCUCGCAAGCUCCCCACCAGUCCCAGUCCAGUGGAUGCUGGACGUGGGCGUCGACUUCGACGAGCUCGUGCGGCCGGCGCUUCCUCUUGCUCUUCCUCUCGCGUUCCGACAGAUGAAGAAUGUCCCGACAUUGCAGAAGCAGCUCGAGGACGCCAUGUCGGCCAAGACCUUGAAGGAGAGACGAAUGGAGAUGGAGCAGCAAGCUGAAUUCAGUAGCAAGCUCGCGCUCACGCUGUACUUUGAGGGGAUCAGCAAGGUGUACGAUGUCGAGAAGCGGCAUGCCUCGGAGGCGGCGUUGGAGACUCAGCGGUUGAAUCGCAAGUGCCCUCUAUCCAGCGAGCGAUCCUCCCAGGCGUUCACAUGCAACGACAACGAGUGCGAGAUCGAUCUGGAGGAGGUGGAGGAGCCGUACAAGAUGCGUCUGUACAGGACGUUCACCAACAUCCUGAAGAAGGACUCAGCCAAGAAGGAGCAAGCGGAAGGCCCAGCUGAGGCCGUGCAUGCUCCCUGCGGGAUGACGCACUGCAACGGGGCAUGCAUGCAGCAGUCUCUGCACGUGUCGCUCGCCAAGACGCUGGACAUCAUCGGGGUCAGGAACAGGAUCGACUCAACGAGGCACGAGGGCAAGGAGUACAUGGAUGUGAUCGUAGAGCACGGGGGGAUCGGGCAUCACGGGAGCCAGCAGCAGCAGGAGCAGACUAAGAUUGUCUUCCAGACGGCAAAGGACGUGUCGUCGUCUUACAUGCUCGCGAAGCAGAGGGCCCUGCAGAGGGAGGGAUGGGUCGUGAUCAGCGUACAGGAGAGCGAUUGGAGGACGCUGCAUUGCGACGCCGAGCGGGUGGAGUGGGUGGCGCAGGAGCUAGUGCGAUGCGGGUUCUGGCACUCCAGGCACGACCGAUGA